AAAAGGACUGCCGACAAUUCAGCGUCAACAGUCGUUGCCACACCCUUGGGCUCAAAACAAAUCAUUUUACAACCGAAAACAAUUUAUUUUACAAAUCACAAUGGCUCGUGUGUGUUUCGUUCUACUUGUUUGUUUGAUUGUCGCGUGUGGUUUUUCUGAAGGAUUCCUGAUACAGGGUAGGAAUUUGGAUGCUGUGUUCACGAAGGAUGUACCGGUGCCCAAAGAUGUUGUUGAAAAUAAGCUUGCACUAGAGAGUGAACCAAUUGAAGUCACGGUAAACAAGCAAUGCGCCAAAAUUGGUGAAUUUUGCAUGAACCACAGCGACUGCUGCACCAACUCUUGCUUGGGCUACAUGAAACGAUGCGUGUCUUGAAUAAUCAACAUUUUAUUUAUUUAAGUUAACUUAUCUAAGUUAUUUAAUUUGAUAAGUAAUUUAGAUCAACCAAAUCAACUAAAGAAGAAUUUGCGACCUGUUAUAAAGUUAAAUAAUUACUUAUACAAUAUUUAAAAGUCGUUUCACCUACUUUUACCUAUAUUGGAAAUGUUAAAAAUAAUAAAUUAAUUAUGAUGUUUAAA